CAAAACAAAAAAACAAAACAACUCACAAAUCUGUCAACACACAAACGGCUACAGCUGAAAAAGAAAAGCAAAAUUUUUAUAAAAAAAUCACAAAUAGGAACAAAUUAAAAAAAUAAAAUUAAUGUUUGAGUUUGAAAAAAUGCAAGAAUUUGAUUUAUAUGAAGAUUUAGAAUUGCUGCAUGUAAAAGAAAAACAAGAAGCUAUUGAUGAUUUGCGAUGGAAAGACAAAUAUGAAGUUGCCUUGAGUACAAUUCAAAAACUCCAAACUGAGAAAAAAGAAUUGAAUAAAAAAAUAAAACAAUUGGAAAUAAAUUUUGCCAAUCUCCUCGACACAGCUCGGACAGAGAUCAAGAGAAAGGACAAUCAAAUUUGUGAUCUACGCAAACAGAAAGAUGACAUUUGUUUUCGUCGAUUUAAACCUCAAAAUGGAGGAAAGCAAUUCACUGAGAAUGCUGAAGUUCAUAGAGAAGAUACAUCAAGCGAUAGUGCGAAGGUGAACCCAUUCUCAAGGGUACCAAGAAAAAUUGAGAAGAAUAACUCAGAUACGGAAUCGUUAAGGAAACAUUUGGACGAUCAAUUUCCAUUGGCAACAUUUUCAAAAGAAAAACUUGCAAAUGGAAAACCAAAUUUUGAUAGAAACAAGUAUCGAGAUGAAGUUCGAAGAAGUGAUUCUCGUGAAAAAGAUCAUAGUCGAAAUAGGCAUAGAGACCGGUCGAAAGACAGAGACCGGUCGAGAGAUAGAAGUCGAUAUCAGCAUCGCAGCAGAGACAAGGAAGAUGAACGAGGUCGACAUCGUUUUAAUGAUCGUAGUGACAACAAAGAAAAAGAUCACAAAAGUAAUUGGAGCAAAGAACGACCCAGUGGACGGGACAAAGACGAAAGAAGUAAAGAUGACAAACGAAAGGGACAUGACCGAGAUAGGUCGCAAACUAAGAGUUCAGACGGUAGUUGGGAUAAAUACGAUAAAAUUGAUCAUCGUUCUCAACGGACUAACCAUACAGAUGGAAGACAUACUAACACAACUGUUAAUGGAUAUGAGUCGUCAAAAAAUCUUGAUAGCAAACCAAAAGAUGCAAUUCACACAAAAAAAGAUCAAAUUAAAGAUUCCAAGACUGAACACCACAAACUUAAAAAAAAUGUUCCUAAUUCUCCUACUGAAAAACGACCAAUCAAUCAGAAAAUAGAAAUAUUACAAAUUGAAAUAUUAAAAGAUGUAAAAGAAUUUAAGAAAAAUAAAAAAGAAGCAAAAAAGAUACAAAAACUACCUGAAACAAUUGAUCCAAACAAAUUGGCAACUGAAAAAUCUAAUCAAUUUAUUGAUGCACUUUUUGAUGAUUCAAUAAUAAAUCAAUCAGAAGAACCAAAUGAUAAUGAUUUAUAUGAUGAUAUAUUGGUAACUAAUGCUCAGAAAAUAGACUCAAUACCUAAUGAUAAUGUGAAAGAAAAUCUGGUAAAAACAGAUGAAAAUUGCAAUUUGAAUAUACAAACACCAAAAAGACAACCUUUGUCAUUUGAUGAACUGUUUGGUCCAUCUCCAGCAGGCAGUCUCUGUUCUGUAGUUGGAAGAGAAAACCCAAUUAAAUCUGUCGGAGGGUCUUCAAGCGACUCCGACUUUGUUCUAAUUGAGAAACCUCUAGAAGAUAAGAGAACUGAAUUGGUUAAAGCUGCGACAGUUGAACAAAUAAUCAUCGAUGAUAAAGAUGAAAAACAUAGUAAAUUGAUAUCUCCUACAAAGCCUUUGACUGUUUCAAAAAGUUCUGGAGAAAAAACUGGCAAAGAAAAAGUAUCUAAUAACGGAGUAGUGGCAUUUCCAAUUCCUGCUAAAGAUAAACAUCUCCCAAAAACAGAUGAAAAUUUCAAUUUGAAAUAUCAAACACCUCAAAAGCAACCUUUGACAAAGGUUAUGGAUGAUCUUUUUGGUCCAUCGCCAGCUACUAGUAUUUGUGGAUCAAAAAAUGUUUUCGUUGAAUCAUCAGAUAAUGUAUAUUUUGUACCAAUUGAAAAGUCAGUAAAUAGUAAAACAAAUGAAACAGCUAAAAAAACUACACCAAUAAAGUUGUCCCUUGUAGUUGAUGAUAGUUCUUGUGACGAUGUUAUAACUAAAGAAACGAAAGAAGAAAAACAACACUUGAUACCCGAUUUAGCAAAUAAAAAUACAAAUGAUGCUAAAACUUUUAAAUUUGUUGAACUUGAUUCGAGCUUUUAUUCAAGUGAAGAUGAAAUCAAUGAAAUUUCUAAAGAUAAUUUGAAUAUGUCGCGAGAUGAAAUUGAAUCUCCACCAUUUGAAGAUUUAACAGAUACACCUUCAAAAAUAUCUGAAACUGAAUUGAUGGUAAAGAACAAAUCUACAAGCAAUUCAAGUGAAAAGUUAUGUUCUGAAGGGAUAUCAAAUAUAUCAUCGAAAUCUGAUGAAACACUUUUAAAACCAAAUAUCACGAAUGAUGGCACUUUGGAUGGCAAAUGUAAAGAUGCUUUAAAAUACCAAACUAAAAUGGAUAAUAUUGAACAGAGUCAUAACUCUUUAUCCCCAAAGAAUUCUUCUCAAACUUCAACUAAACACAAUAAAGAGGAAAUCUGCAAAAAAUACAACUCCAAAAAACGCCAUAUAACAUCACAUAAUUUUAAUUCAAUAUCAGCAUCCGAAGAAAAUUUACAUCGAUCCAGUAGUUCCAGAAGAUCCAGAGAAAAACAUCACCAUCAUCGUCGUCAUCAUGAAAAUCGUUCAAAAGAAUCAACUCGUUCAAAAAAUGAAUCUUCACCUCAUAAAGAUUCACAUUCUUCAAGAAAACAUUCUAAACACAAUCGAAAUCGUUCAACUCAAAAUCGAAAUGAAACAAAAACAAAUACCUCGAAAGAAAACUCUGAUAAGGUGACCAUGAAGAAUGAUAUAUCAGAAGCUAGAUUAAGUCCGAUGUUAAGAUUUGAUGAUAAUGAUGAUCAAAACGAAAAAAUUACAGACCAGGAUCAGGUGUUUUUCUUACACUGUGAUGAUAUAAGUGAUGAUGAUGAAAUUAUAGGAAAUUCAUUUGAUAAUAAGGAUACUGAUGAAUCAAAAAAAGUUGAAAGAAUUGUAUUAAAAUCAAAUGUAAUAGAACUGGACUUAAUAUCACCCGAAAAAAAUUCAAUUAACAAUGAAGUGGAAUCAAAUCAAAGGGUUAUGUCAUUGGACGUAGUUUCUGUUCUUCCAUCAACUCAUGAAAAUGGUACUGAAGUUGAUAUGGAGAUCGAAUGUAAUAAGAUAUCAGUGGAUACAGAACCUCAAGACAAAGUUCUUGCAUCCAUGCACUCUUCAACUGUUUCAAAUGAGAAAUCAAGUACCGAGAUUGAUAUAAAUCCUUCUAAUAUUGAAGAAACAGACACAGAAAACAAAAUGACCACGACAAAAUCUGAAGAAAUUUGCCAGGAUAAAAACACUUCUGCUGUUUCAAGCGAUUUACAACUUUCUGAAUUAAAGAACCAGGAACAAAAAUCUGAAAACAGAGCAGAUUGCCCGAAUUUAAUACCUUUUGAGUCUUGUAAAAAUGAACAAAUUGCCAAGGAAAAUUUAAUCGUUUCCGCUGUUGACGAAAAUAUAACUUUGAAUGAUCAUGGUUUGGCUUUCGUGGAAGAUGUCAUAAAGGAACAAAUAAACCACAAAAACUACGAAGAAACUGACGUUCCUGUCUUGAAUGAAUCAUCUCAAUCAUCAAUUCAUCAUGUCGAAAUCGAUCAGAAGAUGAAUCUUCAAGAAAAAGAUGAACCAAGUGGCGAUAAAAUAGAAAAAAUUAUUGAAAAAUGUUCUCCAAAUACAGCUCAAGAGAAAGCAAGUUCCGAAAAAGUUUUGAUUAACGAAAAAUCUGGUUCUGAUGAUAAGUCACAAACUUCCUUAGAAACAAAACCCACUUCUGAAAAUUCCUCUGAUCGUCAAGUGGAAGAUACUGAAAUUUCUAAAUCAAUCUCUGAUGAACAAAAUACUCCAAAAUGUACAUCUCCUUAUUAUAAUAAAUCUCAGAUAAAAAUAAAUGAAUUGAAUAAAAUAAGUUCAAUCGUUCCAAAUGACACUGCGCCUACAAAAACAAUCUCAAGUCCAUUAAAGAAAUCAGAGAUAUCAAAUCAAGCAAUCGAUUCAAGAACAAUUCAAAGUUCCUCAAAUUCUUCACCAAAAAUAUUUUCUUCCCAUAUUUCGCCUCAAAAAUCACUUAAUUCAACUGACGAAUUUGAAAGUUCUCCACCAAAUUGUGAGUCUAUAUCGUCUGGUAGGCGAAAAAAAAUCAAAACUCCAAAAAAACGAACAGAUGAUUCGAAUAAUCCUACAAAUUCAACAAUGACAAUGGUAUCAGAUCGAUAUAUAAAAUCUGAUGACAAUAAUCAUAGUUUCAUAUCGACACCAUUUAAUUCAAAUGGGAUAUCAUCUGAUGAUCUAUCAGAGAUUAUAGGAAAAGACAAACAUCAGAAAGAUGUCAAAGAGCCUGAAAAUAUCUUAGAACCUCUGUUUCCUAAAGAAAAUUGUCAAAACGGGUCAGAUUGUAAUAACAAAAUAAUGACGGAAAAGUUAAAUUGCAACUUGGAAAGUAAAAAUGAAACAGAUGAAGUAGAAGAUAAAGAUAAUAAUGAGCCAGAAUCUAGAAAAAAUAAUAUCUCUUCGUCAAUUUUUGAUGAAUCCCUGGAAAAAGAGGACUUUUCAAAAACUAAAAACGAUUCUUUUGUUUCACCUUCUAAAUCCCUUCUAAGUACAAAAGAUGAAGAUUGUCUUCAAACAUGCCUGCCAACUCUUUCAAGUGUUGAAAAUGUAUCGAAAAACACUGAACACAUUUCCCCUAUAAAAUCAGAUAAAAUUGAAAAAUUACAACAAGAAAAGUCAACAAUGUUAGAAGAAGUUGAUAAAGAAGAAAUACAAAAAGAUGUUCCAUCUUAUGCGGAUGAUUGUCUUCUCAGUUCUGAAUUAAGCCUAGAACAAAACAAAGAAGAAAAACAAAUAAACGAAAAUGUUGUAGAAUCAUAUUCAAUAACAAUUAAAAGGAACCGUUGUAAAAGGAAAACCGCCAUAAAAAAUUCAACAGAUUCUUCUGAUACUAAAAUAAUGUCGUCCAAUGAAAUUGUCAAUAAUGAAAAUAAUACUUUCUUUCCUGGUGAAAGACUUAAUGAUAAUAACGACGAAAUGAACAAUCUAAAUAUUGAAAGAAAUCACAAACGGGACACAAUAGAAAUUAUAGAAAAUAAAAAUAACCAAAUUAAUGACAUGGAAUGGGACUUUUAUGCUCAAGAUAAACCAUGUUGUUCUUCUUCAAUCAAAAAUAAAACCUUAAAAUCAAGAAGUACAAAAAGAAAUAAUCAACGAGAUUCAAGUAAAAACCAACAACAAAUUGUUAAACAGUCUUUGGAUUCCAAAAAUGAAUUAGUUGAAGGAGCAAAUAACUACCAAUCGUUGCUUUAUUGUGAUGAGGUUUUAGAUUCCAAAUCAGAAGAGACAAAUACAAAUACGAAAAAAAGAAAACGUAAAUUAAAAACACAAAACAACAGCACCACGGAAACUUCGUCACCUGAUUGCGAAAUAACAAAAACUAAAAGAAAGUACAAAAGAAAACCUAGACAAAUUCUUGAUAGUUCCAUUAGCAAUGAAGAUGAUAAACUUGUUAACGAUAGUAUUAUUGAAGAAUCGAAAAUAAUUUCAACUGAGGUUUUGGAGGAUUUUAAAAGUCCCGACUUGAAAGAGUCCACAAAGAAACGAAAAAAUAAAAAGAGAAAUUCAAAUAGUUCGAUAGAUUCUAAAAAUAAAAGUACUGAAUUGUCUAAAAGCUUUGAAUGUCCUGAAAUGGUAUCUUCUUUGAAUCAGAUUGAAUCUGGUAAAAAUGUUGAAAAUAUUGUUGAUAAACUGCAUUCUUCACAGGAGACUAGUGAAAUUAUACAAGAAAGUCGACAAUGUUCUCAAAAUGAAACUGAAGAUAUACAAUCGAUUCAUAUCGCACCAGAAAAAGCUUUGGAAGAAAACUGUGAUAAAAUUGAAAAACUAAAUAAUGAAAUUGAUUUCUGUUUAAAUAAUUCUUCACCUGCCGAAGAAAGUAAAAAAACAAAAAGACAGAGGAAAAGGAAAUUAUCUAGAUCAUCAGAUGGGAAAUUAGAAGAGCCAAUUCUCACGCCAAAGAGAUCAAGAAAAAAUCAUAAAAACAAGUGUCAAAAACAAUCACCAUCUCACGAAACAUCUACUAAUUCGAUGAAUGCAUUAACACCAACACAUCAUAAAAUAUUUUUAAAUGAUGUCUUUUCUAAUGAUCCGCCGCCAGUUUAUAAUGCAAAUGAUGAUGAUCUUCAAUAUCAUGAAAUUGAUGAUCGUUUACGUUCAAUGUUUCAAUCGCCGUCCUAUACUCAAUCGUCAAAUGGAGAAUGUACAAAUAAUGAUCAAACAGAUUCCACAAGUUGUAAUAAUGAUAACAAUGUAACAGUUGAUGAGACAUUAAAUCAAAGUGAAUUACCAACGCAAUGUGAUACAUCGACAUCAUCGAGAAAAGUUUCGUUGGGUUCAAAUGAAUAUGUUAUCGAGUCUGUUGGAUCGCAUACGGCAAAUGUUUUUAUUACACGAAAAAGAUGUAAGAAGCGUACAAAAAUUGUUGCAGCUGUUGCAGUGUAA